AUGUGUUUCCCACGGUUCCCCGAAACAGCACCCCACCCAUUUAGCACCUUUCCGCAUCUGGCUAGCGUGGUUUCAUGUCUGCGAUGGGGGAUCCUUUCUUAUCUAUCUCAAUACACCAGCCGGAGCCUAGAGCAUACCUUUAAGGUCACUGUACGUACGGUUAUUGUCUACAUAUCUACAUGCCUACCUGCUCAAACAUAUACGUUCAUACAUAUAUAUAUAUAUAUAUAUAUACGUCAAUUGAUGUCUGACCCGGCCCCGCCUGCCGCCACCACCACCGUCCCUGGAGCAGGCCGGCCUGAAUCAAGUACGCGUGCGACAAGACCACCAUUGCAACUGACCGCUUCCGUCAAUCAACAUGGCAAUGGCAAUGAAGCCAACAAUGGCAGUGACACCCCCAAGCCUAAGCCAUCCAGGCAUAUCAAACUUGCCGACCAUCUCCAGCGCCCUCAUCUCUCUGCUCAUCGCACCUUGAGUGAUGCAUUGCGUGCAGAAAGGAGUCGAGAAGAACAGGAAACGCUUCUCGGUGACGACGACCUUGCCGAUGCUGACGGCUGUCUGCGACAAGAUGGACAGCAGCCUGGCCCUAGGCAGGUCUUCUACGCUGAUCCCAAUUCCGCUCUUGACACCUACUACACCAUUCAUCGCAUCCGCCGGCUGGUAAUCGCUAGCAUCGAAGACCCAUAUACCAUGGAUCAGCUGAAAGAACCUCGCAUGAAUGUGCUGAUAGUGAAGCCGCUCGUGGAUCGGUUGUACGACGAGGAAGAUAUCUCUGUUGUUUACUGCCUUCUGGUGAACCGCAUGCAAUUCCUGCGUGAACAACACUUUCAGCAUCACCAUCAAACCGUCAACCUCACUCGAGCAAACCUCUGCGAGCUCAUUGCCAUGAAGGUUCUCCGCCGUCAUGAUGAAGAAGCCACCGGCAAACAGGGCCUCCUCCUGCUCGCCAAAAUACUCGUCGCUCCCUUCCAACCCUUCCAGAAUGCUCCCCCUGAAGUCUGCCCUGCGCCACGGCAGUGGCAGUACAACUACCAGGGAGGCUAUGAGGGGAAACUGACUGCCCUGGAAGUUGCCAUCGUCUCAGAAAGCAAAACCCUCCUCAGCGGCUCUGCCUGUCAAAAGGUCAUUGACGCCGUAUAUCGGGGCCGCGUGGUCUACACUCCAACUCCAUUUCUCGAUAUUCUACCGGACCACUACAAACACAAACCCGUCUCUCUCUACGACCCGCGCAAAGCUCCUCUCUUAAAUCAAUAUCGCCUCAUCGUCCCCCGGACCCGACAGCUCAUCGAAGUUACCCAGUUCAUCAUUCUCCUCGCCCUCUAUUGCUCCUGUAUGGCGGCACAGCACCAUGCCGAUUUCACGACUCAAGAAGCUCUUUUCAUCGUCUAUGGUGCAGGGUGGGUGAUGGACGAGUGUGCAUCGAUGCUGGAGCAUGGCUGGACAGUGCAUACCCAGGAACUCUGGGCUUUCCUUGACAUCACCUUUGUUAUUGUCUACCUAGCUUACUCCCUCCUCCGCAUCUACGCCUUCUUCGUCGACAGCACCGACUACGGUCGCCAAGCGCUCGACCUCCUCGCCAUCGCCGCACCUCUUCUCUUCCCUCGCCUCGCAUUCAACCUUAUGCCCGAAAACAUGCUCUUCAUCGCCCUUCGUGCCAUGGUCAAAGAAUUCACAGCCCUCAGCCUCAUCGCUGUAUGGUGCUUCGGCGGGUUCUUACUUUCACUCAAAUGGCUAUCCAUGGGCUCCCCCUCUGCCGACCAAGACUCCUCACCGAAUCCUAUCACCAUCUCCAAAUGGAUGCUCAUGAUCUGGUUCGGUCUCGAUGGUACGGGAAUCGAGGAAGCGCCAACUUUCCACGAGAUCCUGGGCCCCGCCCUCAUGGUCGUCUACGCCUUCCUGGGCAACACCCUUUUCCUGACAGUCCUCGUAUCCAUCCUCUCCAACACCUUCUCGAAGAUCGCCGCCGACGCCACAUCCGAAAUUCAAUUCCGUCGCGCUGUGUCCACUUUCGAGGGCGUAAAAUCAGACAGCUUAUUCUCGUACUCCCCGCCCUUCAACAUCCUAGGCCUCUUCGUUCUGCUCCCACUCAAAUUCAUACUGAGCCCCCGCUGGUUUCACAAAAUCAACAUCACCAUCAUCCGCGUGCUCAACUUCCCACUCCUGCUAGCCCUGGCUGUCUACGAGCGCAAGUUCCUCUGGAAACCAGCGCGAAAGCGCGCCCUCGGCGCAUCGGGGCUCGCAAAACGGAAAGCUGGUAUCUGGGGGUGGUGGGGGAGUUUCAAUGUGCAUGCGGAGAUCCAGCGCGUUUUCGAUGAGGAUCCGCCUGAGGACGUGCUCAGGAAGAUUGAAGACGAGGAUGAUCUCGAGGAUGCGAUCCUGGAGAACAGCUUUGCGGCUAUGGCGGGGCGGAGUCGUAGUUUGAGUCCUGGUAGUGCAAGUGGCGUGGGCGCGAGAGACGGGAGUGUUGGCGGCGGAGGUGGGGUCGGGUGGAGAAGAAGGAGACGGCUGAGUACUGUUGUUGGUGGGGGGUUUGACGUCUGCCUGAUCCAGACCGAAUCGGAACAGGACGGUCGGAAUGCUAUAGACCCUGACGCUAGCUCGGCCAUUGUGUUCCGGUUUCGGCAUUCCGAGAGCCGAACGACCAGACAAAUCACAAGACGCCACCAGCUCUGGACUCCCUCUUUCUCUUCACCGAACCAACAAUCCAACAACGAAACCCAUAGCGCCUCCUCCACAACAUAUAGUGCACAUACACCGCAUGCCCAUGCCGCCGUAGCCAUGAUACCAACACGUGCGGGUGUCCGGCACUCAUUGCCUCUGCGGCGGCGACACAUGUCCAAAACCCCCCACAACGUCUCCCAAUUCGAGCCUCCUAUCAAUACCUCGAUAGUAACGAAAAGAUGGAGCGCUUCUCCUCGACCAGUCACCCAAAAAGUCCCGUGCAGCGCCAAGACUAUACCGGGUCCCAACUGGCUAUGGCUAGAACCCAUCUAUGGGCCCUUCCGAGCUUAUGGGAGGGUGCAGCAGCGGCGGCCAUAUAUGACGCAGUUUGUCAGCGCACUGGUCAUCUAUUUGGUGGGGGAUCUGGUGGCACAGAGUAUUGGAUCGGCGCCUGUGCGGGAUGGGGAAGAGGAGGUGGAGGUGGAGGUGGAUAGGGGAUGGCUACAAGCAUGGGGCGAGGAUAGGGACUGGGCUCGAACGGCGAGGGCGCUGUUCAUUGGGGGCGCUGCAGCAAUUCCAGGGUAUACUUGGUUCCUGUGGUUAGGGAACAGCUUCAAUUUUGGGAGCAAGGUCUUGAGCCUAACGACAAAAGUCACCGUCAACCAACUAUUCUUCACCCCAAUCUUUAACAGCUAUUUUUUCGGCAUGCAAACUAUCCUUUCGGGUGCCUCCCUCUCUGAAACCAUGACCCGCAUCGCCCACACAGUGCCCACCAGCUGGGUCAAUAGCUGCAAGUUCUGGCCGCCUGUAACGGCAUUCAUGUUCAUGUAUGUGCCGCUUCACUACCGCAGCAUCUUCGGUGGAGUCAUCGCCAUCUUUUGGCAGGCUUACCUUAGUAUUCUCAAUCAGCGGGCAGCUGUGGCCGAGGAAGUUGAAACAGGAGGGGAAGACAGUCACGAACCCAUAUCGCAUGUUGCGGGGCGUGUUGAUGGCGAGAAAAGAGUGUGCAAUGUUGGUCAAGACACCGCAUAG